AUGCUGGUGCUAAACUGUGCUACCAAAUUACUGACACUGGAAAAAGUGCUCAAGAGUCACUUUCCCGAAUCACUCAAGGUGUAUGGAGCAGUGAUGAACAUAAAUCGUGGGAACCCCUUUCAAAAGGAAGUGGUAUUGGACUCAUGGCCAGACUUCAAAGCUGUCAUCACUCGGCGUCAGAGAGAGGCUGAGACAGACAACCUGGACCAUUACACAAACGGCUAUGCUGUGUUCUACAAGGAUGUGAGAGCUUACCAACGGCUGCUGGAAGAACCUGACGUUAUCAACUGGGACCAGGUUUUUCACAUACAAGGGCUGCAGAGUGAGCUGUAUGACGUUUCCAAAGCUGUUGCCAGCUCCAAGCAGUUGGAUGUGAAGCUAACUUCCAGCAAGGCGGUCCGUUUGUCCCUGGUCUCAGCUCCGCCAGACACCAGUCUCCUAAGGAGUUCUCCCCCGCGACUCACCUACCUGAGUGUAGCUGAUGCUGAUCUGCUCAACCGGACCUGGUCGCGGGGCGGCAAUGAGCAGUGUCUCCGGUACAUCGCCAACCUCAUCUCCUGCUUCCCCAGCGUGUGUGUCCGCGAUGAGAACGGACGCCCGGUCUCUUGGUCUAUCACAGACCAGUUUGCCACCAUGUGCCACGGCUACACCCUGCCAGAGCAUCGCAGGAAAGGGUACAGCCAGCUGGUGGCCCUCACCCUGGCCAGGAAGCUGCACAGCCGGGGCUUCCCCAUGCAGGGCAACGUCCUCGAUGACAACGUGGCCUCCAUAAGCCUCCUGAAGACGAUCAAAGCCGAGUUCUUGCCUUGUCGCUUCCACCGGCUCAUCCUCACCCCGGCAGCUUUGUCCAGCCAAGUUCACCUCUAG